AUGAAGCGUUUACCUCAUGACAGAUCUCCCUUUCAUGAAGGUCGAGCCCUGGAGCAGGCUAUCAACGUGCGUCAACCAAGAAUGAUAGUCGUGACAAUCCAAAUGGAACUAUUACGGAAAGAAUCUCAUGCAAUUGAAAGAAGCGAACCGGAUGCGGAAGUGUAUAACAUCAGCAAAUAUCAAAGACAGGAAUGUGAUCAUUCUAUAAUCAUCACCACUAGAGUGCUGUCCAGCUGUGAUAAAGAAACGUCGAGUUCGUGUUGGAUCCCUGCAGAACAACGGAUUUUCAUGGGUUUUUGCAGUGUUAUGCGCCAUCAGAGACUUUAUGAAGAAUACGUAGGGUAUUAUUUGUUAGUUUAA